AUGUCGAAUACUGAUCCAUCGGGCUCCUCGUCGACAAAUUCUGGCAAGCUGAGUGCGAACAACAUAUCACGAAAGCUCAACAUAAACUCCGAAAAGGACUGCUUUGAUCUCCUGUUUCAAGAGAUGGUAGCUUUGCCGGAGCGUGAACCAUUGGCACCAAGCUCAGGAUCCUCGAUGGCUUCUCAAUUGUCACUUAUAUCGCAGAGAAGUUCAGCAACGGAUAGUACAACAAGAACCAAUGUCUGGAUAGCCAAGACAGUCCGGGCAGCCAUGUCUGAUGCUAUUUCCAAGCCAUAA